AUGCCGUCCCUAGCACAGGAAGAAGCGGAUAGACUCCUUAACUCCAAGGAGCAUUUUACCAAUCAUCCCGAAGAUCGAUUCGAUUCAGCAGACGAAGAAGAGGGCAACUCAUCAUCUGGGCAGGACCCUGGCAACGACGAGAAGUACUAUCAUUCCGAACACGAUAUCGACGACGACGAUUUGGACGACUUGGACGAUACUACAGAUACCAUUACCCGCAGAAUGAUGUCCCUACGGAGAAAGAGCGUGAACUAUCAUGUUCCCAAAACAGUAUUUGAGGCCAACACCGGUCCCAAAGGUGUCAUAUCCGAUGCACAAUCCUAUGAGCGUGCAAAGCAAAAGACUAGCAGACGAACAUUCGGAUAUGAUCUCAGUCCAGCAAAACAUCAACAAUUGACGUCUGAAAAGUUCCCACCUCACGACCCGUCGUCGGGGACAGAAGAAGAUGAUGACGAAGAUGCUUUCAUGCGAAAAUGGAGGCAAGCAAGAAUGCAAGAGUUACAACAGGCCUCACGGAGAGGGUCACCGGGCAGAAAUAAGAGGAAAUGGGGUAGACUUGAAACCGUUGGUGCAAACGGAUACCUCGAUGCAAUUGAACAGACACCACGCAGCACCGUUGUCGUGUCUGCUGAAUCCUCAAUCGUCGAAGAUUGCCUAGCAAACCUCGCUCGAAUGCAAGACACAACCCGCUUCAUCAAGUUACACCAUGAAAUCGCAGAGAUGGACCAUGUCACAGCCCCAGCCAUCUUAGCGUACAGGGGUGGUGAUGUCUUCGCGACGAUCGUCGAUAUAUUCAGAAACCUGCCAUCGGGGCGAGGCUGCAGCUCAGCAAGCCUUGGGGAUCUUCUGAUGCAACAUCGGGUUAUUUGA